AUGCCGCUGACGUCUACAAUGGCCACGGAGCACGGGGGUCGCCGCAUUUACCACGUAGGCAACGCUGUACUAUCAGUUGUUGUGUUUCUGAUUACCGUAGUGCUGUCGAUGAUUGUGCUUGACCCACAGUUCAGCAGCUAUUUACUCUCUGCGCGGUAUCGCACACCUCCGAUGGAUUUCACAGAGAGGGAGCUUCUCGAAGGUUUUACUCCCGUUGUAGUUGAUGCGGAGAAACACACUGUACUGGUCGUGCCCGUGGCAGGCGUGCAGAGCGCGAGGUACGUGUCCAGGGCCCUCGGCGCUUUUUUCUCAGUCGAUCUCCCUUUUGCCAGUGGCUCCGGCGCCAUGGUAAAUAAUGGGAAGGAGACGGAGAUGCCUUCGCGGCGGGUGAUUGCAUUAGCAGACGUCUACAGCGCCGUGCUUCUGCGCGACGGAGUUGACAACGCUACGCAGACGCAUGACACAACCAGUGAGAAGGGCGGGACUGUCCCUUUCUCAACACGACGACGUUCUGUGCUACACCUCUGCAGCGCCCUGUCAUGCGUGACACCGUAUGUCGCCCAGCAGUGGUCUGACCGAAUCGCGACGGCAUCGCUGCGGACUCAUCGAACCGCCUACCGCGCUACGACCUUCGGCUCACGCACACGCCCUAUAACCAACUUUGCUCUUGUAUUUGGUGAGGCAAGUGAGUCACUGGCUGCAAUGCGGGAACUGGCGGAGCACCGUGUAUUGACUCCCCAGUUUCCGCCCACCCGUUUGAAACACAGGCCAGCCAUGCCGCUUGUCGGGCGGCUGGACUAUGCUGAUCUGCAGGCCUUGUGCAGUUCAUGCAAACAGUGCAGCUACCGGUCCUCCGUGAAGCACGCUCAACUGGCCACGAUCCUAAAAACGCAGGCGGAGCAGCUGCCUACCGAGGAUUCCAAAAGACGCUUGUUCAAGGAGUGGGUGCGGCGUAAUGACUCUUACUCGGGCACCUCCACAUGGGGUACCGUGGAGGUGGUUCCCUUUGCCUUCGCUGUUUUUGAGGACUCGUACACACUGCACGACUUUUCGCCGGACUUGGUACACGUGGACGUGGGCAGCGGUGACAGCGUGGCGGCCCUUGCGUACCUCAAAGCUCUUGUCUCGGCUACUGGAGUACCAGAGCCUCUGCAGCCGAGAAACCUGCUUGUGUCGCUUUUUGCUUCAGAGUGGGUAAACGACAUUGUUGACACGCUGCUACAGCUACAAGUAGGGCAGCACUACCAUGCGAUACCACUGCACAACUCGUGCAUCGGACUGGAGAUGUUUGACCCUCGUGAAGAGUGGAGUGUGGCACACUUGCGGUCAUGGUGGAACAAAAGCUCGCUGGUGGGCACAUAUGUUAGCCCCUUUCUCGAGCAGAGUCGUGCUACACAGACACCGUUGUGCACCGUCUUGCUGUCACUGCAAGUACACACGCUUGACAAGCUCCUGCAGAUGACAUCGAAAGUAGUUCGCUCGUACCCACCUGCCGCCUCACCGGUGGAGCGCUUUUUCUACUACUCCGCGGGUCUGUCACCUGCGGACGAAGAGCCCCUCACGGCGCCGCCGCAUGAUGCGACGGACGCCAAGACGUCCACCGUCGCCAGCACAUCCAGUGGCGUAGGUGAGGUAAUUGGCUUUGUUGCGCAGAACAUUUACUUUUUGAUCCCGGUUGGCAUUGGCUUUGCUCUGACGCAGAACCUCUGUCGUCGUCGUCGGGUGUGCGGAUGA